CUAAUAAAUGAACAUGGUGACAAACGAAACAUUUGCUGUGCACAACAUGCAAGCAAUAUCUCACGUAACUAAGGGAGAAAGAACUUUUUAUUGCAUUGGUUAUUAUCCUGUUCUGUGUAUAAUUAAUUCAUGUUUACGACAGCGGCGCCGCAAUAUUGAUAUAUUACUACAGAGUAUGUAUGUAAUAUAUUUGAUGGGGGAUGAAUAUUGCAUAUUGCAACGGGACAAUACGUGCUUGUCAUGUUACUACCAAAUGAGAAGUGGCAGCAGCAGGAAGAAGAUGUAUACGUCCACGUUAGCUGCUUUGCUUGGAGUUGCCUUGCUGAGCUGUGAAGCAACAGCGGUAAAGGAAGAGUACUUUACUCUGUACGCAUCCGACACGGCCAUUACUAGCAGCGUCAUAUCUACCUAUGCUGCGAGCCAUGUUCGCUGCACUGUUCAAUGCAUGGCAGAUGGAAGCUGUGAAGGCUUCAACCUGCAGCAGACAGACACGGCUACUACAUGUCAGCUCCUCUCCAACAUUGCCCUGGAUGCAACAAGCUGUGAGCCUACAGCUGCUACUGAUGCUACGGAUUCUGCUGCAUACUUGGGGGAAAAGGUGAAUCAGGACAUAUACCUUUGCCAGCAUGCCUCGGACUACUCUAUGCACUUCCCAACAAAAUCUACUACUGAUUAUGCCGUCAUCCCAAACGCCUUUCCGCUGGGCUUUAACCAAAUCUCCGUGUGUCUGUGGCUGAGAGUUCCCGCAGAUUCCUUCGUGGACUGUCUUACUAAGUAUGGAUCAGAUUGCCCCUACCACUCGGUGUGGACAUACCAUAGAGAUGGCAACUCCAACGAAGAGAUGGAAUAUACAGUCUACCCAGACGGUUGUAUGAGGUUCUACAUGUGGGGUUCUGAAAGCAUUCGAGCCAAAGUUUGCGACUAUUUAAUCACCGAUGGCAACUGGCACUUUGUAUGCACAACCUACAACAGUCUGACUGGAGCUCACCAAAUCUUCUUGGAUGACCAACCGAAAUACACUGGCACUUCCUCACGACUUGUAAGCUACAUCGCUGACACAGGGGCUAACUUCAUAAUAGGACAGGAUGUUGACUAUACACAAACGGACUUCAACGAAACACAAGCAUUUGUGGGGGAUUUAGCUGACCUGAACGUGUACCAUCGUAUCCUGACUGAUGCUGAGGUUGCAACAAUCAGAACCUCUUGUCUUUCUAAUGGCGGCUCUGCCAUAAAGUGGCUUGACUUCAAGACCACAAUAGCUGGAGGUGUAUCGCUGGACAUGCCAUCUAACUGCACACCGUGAGGCAAUGAGAUAGGUUACUAGAAUGCAAAUAUACUCUGACCUUUCUGUAUUUGUGAGAUUUUAAAUUUAACCGUAUUUUUCAGGUAAAUGAUAUAAUGGUGUUCAUCACCUCUUUGACUAGAUUGCGGUAAACGGGCGUUGCAGCAAAAAAUUGCAGUAAUACCAAACUGCCGUAUAUAUAACCAUACGCGGUAUUCAGUAAUACCAGUCAUUGGCUUUUUGUAGAAUUGGCCAGCGUAGUAAGACCAUAUGGUAACGUGACGUCAUACAUCAAUCAUAAAAUAUGUAAUAAAACCUAUCAUAAUAAAAUCGUGAUAAAUGAA